AUGUAUUCACAGUGGGUUGAGGUACUGCAUUGUAAUAGGCCCAAUAUAAGACAGGGCUCCGAUUUGAACAAUAUAAGAACCGGGUUGAGACCCAUCGGGUCGGAUCGUCGUUUAUACUUGCGCGCUGGUUUGGUCAAUCUGAACGCGUUGGAGAGAGACAUGGCUGACGACCUGUUUGAAGGCCUCCCUCCACCUUCUGCAAACCCUCCUCCUUCUUCUUCUGAACUUCAAGAACGGAAACCACCGCAGGAAGCGUUAAAACCACAACAAAAACGAAAAACCGCUACUUUUAACACCGACUCUUCUUCUUCUCCCGCUCCUGCUCCUGCUCCUGCUCCUGCUCCUGCUCCCCAAAAACCAAUUCUCAAAAGCGCCCUCAAGCGGCCUAAACCCUCUGAAUCAAACGCAGAAGAAGCCCCUGUAACUGAAAGAAAGUUGAGGUUUAAAACCACGACAGAUGCCUCAGAGCAGCAGGUCAUUGAGGCAAUGCAGAAAAUAGCAUCACAUAUAAAGAAUCCUACAAAGUUUAGUAAGGCUUCAAAGCUUGCCAUCCAGCUGAUUCAGGCGGGAAGUGUCAAGCCUGAAACUGGUGAUUACUUCUUUUCCGUUCUAGAAGCCGCAAUGGCAUCACCUACUGCUUGUACGGAUCCUUCUCUGCGAGCCGAUUACCAUGCACUCUUCUCAGCCGCAAAAGAUGCCUCUGAGUGUCUCAAUAAGAAGCAAAAGAAUCAAUUAACUGCAUGGAGAAUCAGGGCAGUGAUGGCAAAUGAAUUAUUUACUGAUGACAGCUUCCAGUUUUCAAAAACAGCUGCACAAGUAAAAGAAGCCAUAUCUAAUCUGCCUGUUGCAACCGAGGACGAUGACAGAGAGGAAGCAGCUGUGCUGGAAGAUGAAACAAAGAUAGCAGAUCAAGAUGAUCAUAUGGAGCAAGAUAUGGUUUCAGCUGCGCCAGCUGAAGAAAAUAAUGAGAAAGAGUCUGAUCCAUUUGGGCUUGAUGCAUUUUUAACUCCCACCCCGAUGAAGAAAGAUGAUAAAACAAAGGGGAAAAAAGACAGAACUACCAAGAUCAGGAAGGAGGAGGGAGAGACCAAGAGAUUCCUCAGGUCACAAAGAGAAGCCUUGGUUCUUUGUUUAGAGAUAGCUGCUCAUCGUUAUAAAACGCCAUGGUGCCAAACAGUAAUAGACAUAUUAGCAAAGCAUGCUUUUGAUAACAUAGCAAGGUUCACGUCUAAACAAAGGAAUGCCAUUGAGAAACUUUGGGCUUCGAUUCGGGAGCAACAUAAUCGACGAAAACAAGGGAAAUCAGUUGCUGGGAAACUUGAUGUCAAUGCUUUUGAGUGGCUGCAGCAGAAAUAUGCUACUGAGAAGAUCAGCAUUCGGCAUUCUGUUGGAGGUAGUGGGGAUCGUAAAACUGAAAUGUGGCUUGGCUGA